CUCUUUGUUGCCCUUCCAUUUCACACAUCCUCACUGUCCCAGCCCAGCCCAUACCUAUCCUAUCCUCUGUACUACCUGACCUCCUGGUCCCAAUCUCUCGAGCAGUCUAUACACCGCGAUAACAAAGCUUGACACCGCGAUAACACACCAGUCGACGGUACCAUGGCGAGCAAAGCACUGGGAGGACAAGGCGGGGCGACGCGUACUCCCAAAGAGAAGAUUGAGCUCUUCAGCGGGACAUACUUCGCCGCCUGCACAUUAGGUGGAAUCAUCGCCUGCGGGCCAACCCAUACAGCAGUGACGCCCCUCGACCUCGUGAAAUGCCGCCGACAAGUCGACUCCAAAUUAUAUACCUCCAACAUGCAAGCCUGGAGCAAGAUCUUCCGCACAGAAGGUCUACGAGGUAUCUUCACGGGCUGGGCCCCCACGUAUGUCGGUUAUUCUUUCCAGGGAGCAGGAAAGUACGGGGCGUACGAGUUGUUCAAAUACCAAUAUGGGGAGAAGCUGUUCCCCAACGCACCCAAGACCAUCGUCUACUUGGGAGCUUCGGCUUCCGCAGAGGCUAUCGCCGAUUUGUUCCUCUGUCCAUUUGAGGCGAUCAAGGUUCGGAUGCAGACGACGAUUCCACCAUAUGCAAAGACAUUGAGGGAAGGAUGGAGCAAAGUUGUCGCGGAAGAAGGGUUUGGAGGACUGUACAAGGGCUUGUACCCCCUGUGGGCAAGACAGAUCCCUUACACGAUGGUGAAGUUUGCAACAUUCGAGUCUGCUGUCGCGCAGAUUUACAAGACGUUGGGAGGCAAAAAGGAGGAAUACAGUAUGCUGCAGCAGACUGGGGUCAGUUUCCUCGGCGGUUACAUUGCUGGGGUUGGGUGUGCGGUGAUCUCGCAUCCAGCUGACGUGAUGGUGUCGAAACUCAAUGCAAAUAAGAAGGCUGGCGAAGGAGCCGGACAGGCUGUUGCCAGGAUAUACAAGGAAAUUGGGUUUGGUGGCCUGUGGAAUGGUUUGCCCGUGAGGAUUGCAAUGAUCGGUACUCUUACGGCCUUCCAGUGGCUUGCGUACGACUCGUUUAAGGUGUAUCUAGGCCUACCAACUACUGGAGGGCAUUGAUGAGAUGACUCGAGGCUCGCCUGGGGGCAAAGUGGUGUUGAAAUUGCCUGAGCCAUAAGGUAAGUAGCUUGGCAUAUGAAUAUGAAGGCAGGCUCAAAGCGAUAGAGAAGAGUAGUACAACGACAGAAUUACAACGGAGAAGAGUGUGGUCGAGAC